GACGGACAUGAAGGGAUGUGUGAAGAAGGCAGAGUCAGCCAGGAGGCUGAAUGCUAGGAGGACUGGUGGUGGACCACCCCCAGAUGACCUAACUGCAACUGAAAAGAGGAUUCUACAACUGAUUCCAUCCUGUGCUAUUGAGGGGAUCUCAGGAGGCAUGGAAACACCUGUGUUCAGCAUGAUUCCUUCAGUAGCUGAUGAAGCUGAAGAAGCUACACAGGCAUUAAUGUUUGAUUCUCCACAGGAGGUGUUUUACACUCCACUGACAGCUACAAGCACAGGAGAAAAUGAUUGUGGAACUAUCACAGAAAAGAACCAAGCCAGUCUGGAGGAUAUAAUGAUGACUCCUGCUAUCAGAACCAGAAAACCUAAAGGGAAGCAUCUGAUCAAGAAAACAUCUAAUGAAGAAGACAUUCUGGGAGAGAUAAGGUCCUUACAAGCCCAAGAGGAGAGAAAGAUGUCUUUCCUUGAGGAAAUUCAGUCUGUGCAGCGGGACAUCCGUGACAUCCAAAGACAGAGCCUGGCCCUGGAAAGAGAAAAAUUUGAAUAUAAAAAAUCAUUUGGAAACUCAUUGUCUCCCAUAAUCAACUUUGAUUGA